GGAAUCCUUUCGAUGACGUCACGGUGAGGGCUUGCGCUGAAUUCUCAUCCGGGGAAGAUGGCUGCUCCCAGCAAGCAGUAUGGGCUGAUUCUGCCCAAGAAAGGCCAGCUGAAGACAGCAGUUCUGCAGAGACCCUCGGUGUUCGGGGAUGACUCCGAUGACGAGACUUCUGUUGGCGAGAGCUUGCAAAAGGAAGCCGUCAAGAAAAAAAUGAUGAAACAGACGCGUCUGGAAAUGCAGAAGGCUCUGGAGCAGGACGCCAGUGUGUACGAGUAUGACAGCGUGUACGAGGAGCUGCAGAAGAAGAAAGAGGAGAGCAGUGCCAAAGGGCUGGCCGGGGUGGACAAGAAGCCCAAGUACAUCGCCAGCCUGCUGCGCGCCGUGGAGGUGCGGAAGAAGGAGCAGGACCGCAGGAACGAGCGGAAGAUCCAGCUGGAGCGCGAGGCCGAGGGGGAGCAGUUCCAGGACAAGGAAGCCUUCGUCACCUCUGCAUACCGCGCCAAACUGCUGGAGACAAAGAAGGAGGAAGAGAGCGAGAGGAGGGAGGCAGCGAUCGAGGCUGCGCUGGAUGUGAAGAAGCAGAAGGACCUAAGCGGGUUCUACAGACACCUCCUGAACCAGACUGUGGGAGAGGAGAAGCUGCCGGACAGGGAGAAGCGCGGGGAUCCCCAGCUCAACGAGGCGAGGGAAUGUCAAUCCCUGCAUGGCCACAACACACAGGACAACCAAGAUAAAGACGCAGACUGUGAGAUUGAUAGUGAGGGGGAGGAAGAGCAGGGGGAGAAAACCAGGGGGGGGAGUUCUGAAGCAAGCAGGGCAGGGGCAGGGGCAGGUAGCAGCGGGCACUCCAAGAGGCAGUACCGCCAGAGAUCACCCUCGUCCGAGAGCGAGGAGGAGAUGGUGAAGAAGGAGAAUGAAGGACAAAGGGAGAAGAAACACCGCAAGGACAGGGACAGAGAGAGAGAAGACAGGCACAGCCGGAGCAGGAGAGAGGAGAAGAAGAGGGACAGAGGCGAGCGGGACAGGGACAGAGAGGACCGCCAUAGGGGAAAGGAGGAGAGAGACAGGAGAAAGGAGAAAGAUAGCAGAAGGGCAGCCAGUCCAAAAGAGAAGGUAAAAGUGGAGGAGGGAGAGAGGGUGAAGGAAAAGGAGGAGAGAGGCUCCCCAGCAGAGAAACACAGCCGUGGCGGCAGCAGCAGUUCCUCCACAGUGCCAGGAGGCGGCAGCAAAGAGGCGCCAGAGCCCGGAGUUAAUAAAUUCGCCAAGCGCAGCAGCGAGGAGACUGUGUUGUCAGCUCGGGACCGCUACCUGGCGAGGCAGAUGAGUCGCUCGGCCGCUAAGACUUAUAUCGAGAAGGAGGAGGACUGAUCACAGCGGGUUUUCCAGGCCUGCACUCGAAGCUCCCGCAGUGCACGGGACCCACCAGCUCUGCACCGCUCGACAGCACGGCAGGCCCCAGGGGCAGGCUCACGUUAAAGGUGUCUUGGUAAUUGAGAUGUUAACGAGACGGAGGUCACGAUGCAGUGUUGCGAUGGAGUGUAGGUCCUUAAUCUGAUCAUCUUGUUUAGGUGAACCUGGGUCAGAAUUGGAAUGGACUGACUUAGAGUGAAAAGACACUGGGGUGGGGUUUGCUGACCUUUAUUUAGUAUUGUGUUUUUGAUGAUCUUAUGAUCUGUUUUGUUUUAAAGUUAUCAUUAACAAGAGACUACGUUUUGGGUUGUUUUUUGUGUUGCCGCAAGCCAAGCCUGGGUAAAACCUGUAUCCUUCUCACAUCCCAGUAGUCUAUUUAUAGUACAAGAGGUCCUUUCUUUCCAGCCCCUUACCUUCCUAAUGUUCUGUGCACCAGUUCAUCAGUAACACCCAGCUGAACAGUGGCUACAGUGUGAGGAUGCUAGAAACCAGGCUUUCUAGUGUCAGUAGAUUCCCACAGGGGGUUAGGGUUCAGAAUGGGACAUGUAUAUAUCAGCUGAUAAGAUUGAAACUUUUGUCUUCAUCUCUGAAGUACUUGAUCUAGUGAAAGGGACUUGUGGAUAGUGUUUGUUUUUUUGUAAUAUUUGUUUUGCACGCUCUGAGCGAUACAUUAUUAAAUGUACAGCCUUCUUGCCCGGUUCUGUCUCUGGGUGAAUCCAGGCAGUGCUGGGUGGCAGCAGGCUGUGUGCACACUAUUGUAUCUUCAUUGCAUUUUAUUGCAUCUUGAAAGAUUAAACCCGGGGGUGAUGAAGGA